AUGAGUAAUGUUUACGUGUUUUAGUGUUUAUGUCUUAUGAGGACAAUGUCAAUGUUUACAAACUUGUAAUCAACUAAUCAUAUAUUAUAUUGUAAUAACGUGCUAUAAUAAUACGCCUCAUAGCGAUUCUAGGCAUAAAAGAUACCACAUUGAGUGAAACUAGUAGUAGCAAGUAAUGACAAAUUAUUCGCAAAGCAGUAAUGUAAAUUUACGGAGACUUUCGACGACAGAUAAACCAGUUUAGGAGACGCGUGUCAUGGAAACCAUUCGUAAACAGAUUUAGACUGCCCCCAUAUAUAGACAGAAAUUCGAAAUAAUGAAUAUAGAUAAAAGGAGGAGAGCUCGUGUACAGGGUGGCUGGGCUCAGCAUCAAAGUGAUGCUGAUAGAGAAAAGCCUGAACAGCAUUUAGUGAAUACCCAAUCACUGGUUCAGGCUCAAAAUAUCUCUACUUUUUCUGGAAGUGCAAUAUUACGGAAUAAAGGAAAUGAUUUUGAAGCCAAGUCUACAUUUGAGUUUACAGACCCAUAUUCAAAACUGCAGUCAGUGCAAGGGGACAUGCAUGAAGUUGCUGAAAAAUUAUUUCUGGGCAGCCUGAUUGCAGCAAAGAAUUGGAUGGAAUUGAAGAGGAAUGGAAUUACACACAUAUUGUCCGUAAUGGAUGUUCCCCUUCCCCGAACACACACACAGGGUUUUACUUACAAGUUUGUGAAAUCAAUGGACAUGGCCGAUGCUGAUUUGCUCAGUUAUUUUGAUGAGUGCCACAACUUUAUCGAAGAUGGAUGUGAAUCUGGUGGGAUUCUUGUUCACUGUUUGGUCGGCGUGUCAAGGAGUGCAACUCUAGUCAUUGCUCAUUUAAUGAAGAAGGAGGCUGUCACGAUGGAGAAAGCGCUAGCAAAAGUGAGACAGAUACGAUUUGUGAGUCCAAACCCAGGUUUUAAACACCAGCUGAAGGUGUAUGAGAGCUGUGGUUGUCAUAUGGAUGAAGAUUGUAUGGAGUUCAGAAAGCUCAGACUUAGCAAGCUGUCUCCGAUCAUGCAGGAGCCAGGAGACAAGAUUCUGCCUGAAAGCGUGUUGGCGAUUGACCCGAUAAAUAAGUCCGGAAGAGAUGUCUGUCUCUAUAAGUGCAAAAAGUGCAGGCGCUCUCUGUUUUGUGAGAGUAGUAUCAUCUCGCACUUCCGUGGGUAUUGGGCACCAGUGCCCGAUUGGAAGCUGAAGCUUAGACUGGUGAAGAUGCCAGCAGAGUCAGCAGAGCCAGCAACUGAGGGCAAGGAAUGUCUGGACUCCAUCCAUGUGGAGCCAGUUCAAUGGAUGGCAGAUGUUAUCCUAUCCCCUGUUGGGAAGAUACACUGUCCAAAGUGCUCUUUCAAAAUUGGCUCCUUCAAUUGGGCAGGUGAACACUGUUCGUGUGGCACGUGGGUGACACCAUCUAUCUGCAUGGACAAGAAAAAGGUGGACAAGUGCCAGCCAUUGGUCUCACCUGUAACUACUGCUCAGUCAAAAGAACACACACCAUCACAGGACACUCAGUUGCCUACCACUCUGCCAAUCGGUGACAAACCAUUAUCAUCCACAACUAGGUCGAAAAAUUAGCGUUAGUGUUAUCUGACAAGUAAAGCAUAUGAUAGUUCAGCAUGUUCACCAUGACACCAAACCUUGUACUGUAUCAAGCAUAAUAUAAUCAUGGUUAUGAUAGGACACGGCAAGAAAGUAAAACAGCUAUAUAAGUUGAAUGGCACCUAAGUGCCAGGAUAUUUAUUCAGCACGUAUCUGCAAGUCAAUAAAUAUAUUUUGCCUAACAAAAUAUAGCACAGAGCUGCACAGCGAUCAUGUGACUUGUGACAUUUGCUAUCACCUUGUAUUGUUAUCUAUUACUAGCUGGUUUGCACUCAAUAAUUUCUAACUAAUGAGGGAUUUUUAGACAGGCAACGUCAGCGCCACAGAGUUUACAAACUACUUUAAUUAUCAAACAGCACUGAUAAAUCAUCAUACGUAUGACGCAGGGAAUAACAUUUUACUGAAUUUUCUAGUGCUGUUGAUAUUUAGUUUCCAUUACAAGCUAUGCAAAUUCUAAAUACAUAGUAUGCCUUUUAACAGCUGGUAGCAGUUGGCAUCACAUGGUAUAUUUUCUAGAUUAGUGAUGUAUUAUUUAAUUUGCAUUGCACGUAUGUAAAGCAAUUGUGUUGUUUUCUAUCAAACAAAUCUGAUAUUGAACGUGAGCAAAGCUUGUCAUUUAUUUACACGUAUUAUUGUAAGGUCUUAAUUGUAAAAAUCAUAUGAUUACCUCUCA